AAAAGGUCAAGCUCAGAGGUCAUUGACGAACUCUAGUCAUAUUCGUUCAUCACAAGUAAAUUGUCUCAUAUAUAUUGAAGAAAAUGAUUACAAAUUCCUACCAAAGCGUUUUGAUAAGCGCUUAAGUGUUUUACAAGAAGUUUGAAAUUAUCAAACACGCUAUUUAGUAACAUGUAUUGCAUGACAAAACCACAUAUAUUAUAGCUGUACAUGUUUUGGCUUUGACAUAUCUUUACUUAAAGAUUUCUUUCUUAUCUCCUGGUAUGUUCGACAUCAGACUUGUUAGUUUUAUACAAACUAAAUAAGGUUAGACAUGUAUUGUUUCUUUUAUUGAAGUUAAGAUGGGCCACAAUUUUGACACAAUUCAGGGGAUGUAGUCAUGCAUCUUGACAUGCUUACAAAUCGAAGGUAUUUUAAUCAAUUCCUUUUCCUAAGUUCAAAGUUCAUGGUUAAAAAUAUGGAAGAGAGAUAAUAAUUCAUAUAGUUCAAAUUUAAGUGCGUAUAUAAAUGGUCCAGUAUCUAGUAAAUUCAUGAACAUUGUACGCAGCUGUGUAUUUUGCUAAUAGUUUAUUUUUGGCUUUUAUGUUGUAAAACUGGUUAUUUGGGAUGAUGAAGUCCAUUCAAUAUCUAUGUAAUAGAAUUCCGCUUAAGUCGGUGUUAUGGGACGUGAGGUUGUUGCACUUCCAACUACCUUUAUGAACAGACUCAAUCAAACCGAGUCUGCUAUUAUAUUUUUUGGUUGCAUUCUUUAGUUCCAAAAUCGUCUUUUAGAUUUUAUUAUAUUGUAUUUAUGAAAAAAUCCUUUGGAAGCAUAUAAGUCAACCAAAUAAUGAAAGAUAAUGAAAUGUGGAACACCGCUCACGCACCCCACCCUUACCGGUGUAAGCGGAAUUCUAUCAUUAUACAGAUGCAUUUCACUGAUGAUUCCACCAGAAAAUACAAUUACACCGAUUCCUAGUACGUAUCACACUGCUUUUCAAGUUCAAAGUUAUUUGUUUUAAAGGACAUUUUAGAAUACUCGUCACUGAAGCGCAGUUUGAUCAUUUUAAUGGAUAUGUAUAAACAAAUGUCAGUAAUCAAGUUACAUCAUUUAUCAGUGACAGCAUGAAAAAAUAGGGACCCAUUUAUGACUUAUGAACAGGCUCAAUCAAACCGAGCCUGCAACAUUUUCGUUUUUGUUGUGUUGAGCGACCUGUGGAGUUUCCACUUUUUCUAAUUAAUCAUCAGAACAAUAGGUAAUAGGAAGUACAUCCUUAAAAGAAAAGUGCGUUUUCAUUUGUAACAAUAAACACACAGGUCUAAUUGUUUACCAGUUACACUAUUUUAUUCGGCUAUUGUCAUUGUUAUUGAAGGCAUACUAGUAUCAAUACGCAGACACAUUAUUUUGACCUUGCUCAGUUUAAACAGGAAGUCGGCCAUUUUUAUCAAAACAAUUAUGACCUUUAAAACAUUUCACGGUGAUUUCUGUUUUCAAAUUGAAUAUCCGGAUAAAAAGAAUGGAUUAUGACACUAUUUACCUAUGGCUUUACAGAUAUGGAAGAUAUAGAGCACAUCCUAACUUGCUCAAUAUGCAUAGAACUGUUUGAAAAGCCACGUCUGCUACCAUGUGCACAUACAUUCUGCGAAAAAUGUCUCUCAGAUUAUAUUAAUAGCAAUACGAAAAAUAAGCCGAAAACAAAACCAAGUUUUGUAUGCCCUUUGUGUAGAGCUAACACAGCGUUGAGUAAACAACCAUUUAACGGUGAGGUAUUUCCAGCCAAUUUGACCAUCCAGUCCUUACUGGAUUCAAAAGAGUUAAUGAAGACAAUAAAAAAGAAAAAGCUACCUAAAGAUAUCGGUACUGCAUCUGGAGUAAUGUCAAAAAUAAAGAAAAAACUAUUCACAAGAUCUAAAGCCACACAAACAGAUAAUGAAGAAAGGGUGCGCCAGACAACUACAAUCAGAUUUGCAAAUCCGCCAAAGAAGAUGAAUUUGAAAGAAAAUAGACUAGUUUUAAUGGAGAAUGAUUUCUGUUCUCAAUAUUUCACUUUUCACAAUGUUCCAAACUUGUAUCAACUUGCACUACAGAAAUUGAUAGGGCCAUUGUUUUUAAUUGAAAGCCAUAGACUGAGGAAAGUGAUGACAAUGCUGUUGUGUAUCUUCAGUGUUAUGAUGUAUCUGCUUUUAGGCUUAUUCUCUAUUGUAUUUGAAUGGGAAUCGAUAUUGAUAGAUAUUUCCGUUUUGUCAAUUUUAAUGCAAGUGGUUUUUGUACGACUGAAAUGUGAUGUAACAAUGAUAAAGAAACGUAUAUAUGCUCUGGCUGGUUUUUCCAUUGCAUACGUUGUUACGGUUUACAUAUUGUGCAUAUUGUUCUUGGGUUUGGCCGUUUAUGUUUGCGAAUUUGUUCAAUACCAAAAGCAUGGAUUCCACCAUGUAGAAAAAGCAGUAUUUUUCGACGGAAGGCGGCUUGGGAAUGUACAGGUCAGGGAAUUUAAUACGACAUUAGAUAUCGAUAAUGAAACUAAAAUAAGAGAACUAGGGGAACUUCUAGCGGAUUUCGUCGUCUACACAAAUGCUAUGAGUAGGGAAUUUUACGUUGAUUUUUAUAGGUUUAUUCAACAGCAGUGGUAUGUCGUCCUAGGACUAUUUACAUUAGCUAACCUUGUGCUAUCAUGUGUUGAGAGCUUGUGGUCUUUCAUAGGGCAGUGGAUGAAUCAGCAAGGGAGACGAAACAACAUGCAUGUCGUACAUGCACGCCGCAGACGAUGAUCAGCAAUUAUAAAAAAUAUUACUAAUUAUUGCUUACAAUACUUGGUAAUUUGCGUAAUGUUUGACCCAGCUUCAAACACCUAGAACUGUGUAAUAGUGCUAUAAAUUUUUUCUUGUGAUGAGAUCGCGACCGCUUUAAAAUGUUAAUUGUAAGAAUUUUAUUAGUUUCUACGUAUUGGUUUGUCAUGUCAUAAUAUUGUUGUUCUACAUGUUAGUUUCCGUUAAACUAAAUUUCAGUUACAGGGCACAUAGGUUACGGAAUAUGAUUAGAUAAUGCACCAGUUGUUUAGGAGUGUUAGAGAACAAUGGCGAAUAAUUUCCCUCGGUAUGUCAUUGGACAGUAGUAUUGCUUACGCAAUACCAAUAAAACAACUAUAUACUCGACAGUAAAACAAAUGUUCACAAAAUUAAGACAAAUACUGAUUUGUAAUGUGUUUGUUUAUUUGAAGAAAAUUGCAUACAUUAAUCAAAUAUUGAAAUUGUCGAUAAGACAUCAUCAUACUAAGAAUUCAUCUCCAUGGACGCUAGCUAUACAACAACAUCUUUAAGUGCUAUGUGGCUAUCGUUAAAUGUCUCCUGUGUUGAUACAUUUUCAGAACCUUUGAGAUCAUGUGGUGAUGUUUUUGUAUCAACCUUUCUGUGUUUGUAUUAAGGAGGUAGGAUACCUUGUUACAAGGGUAAAUUCAAAUUAGUUGAACCGCAGCAUGUUUUUGUAUUUCGUGUAAUAUGAAGUUUUAACUGC